GCGAGCUGUUCGGUUUAUCGCUACUGGUGUCAUAUUGCAUCUGAAAUGAACAUGUGGGCUGAUUUUUUUUCUCUCUGUUGUGUGUGAUAAUGAGAAUCCGUCUUCUGCCGCCGUCACAUUCACGUAAACUUAGGUAAAAGCGAUAGGGUAGCCUAGUAACUUGAUUGUUAUCCACGGCUCCUAAUCCCAGCAUAAAUUACAGACAGCCGAGUAUAAAAGCCGAAUUUCAAUCAUGCUCCCCAAUUCUCGUCAGUGACUGCAAGUUGCUAACACGCCGAGACAGAAAGAAAGAUGUCUCCUGGCUUCAAGGUUCCGCUACACAUCGUACUGCUGUCGAUGGUGAUCCUCCAGGGACAAGGCAGAUACAUUGAGAAAAAUGAAAUAAUCGAGGACACUCUAGGUCUCCUGAACUCGGAGUUGAAGCGAGAACUUUCUGAAGGGUACGUCUACAGCCGAAGUCUGAAAUGCAUUGACAUGUUGAGUGUUGAUGGACGGUUCACAUUCAGUGCAGAUCGACCAGAACUGCAUUGUGCUACCUUCUUCAUUGGCAGUCCAGAUGAGAUUAUCUCCCUUGAAUAUAAUAAUGUCAAUAUAGACUGUCAAGGUGGAGAUUUCCUCAAGGUCUUUGAUGGCUGGAUAUUGAAGGGGGAAAAGUUUCCAAGUGCCAUCGAUCACCCUCUCCCCACCUCGGAGCGUUACAUUGAUUUCUGUGAUAAUAACAACAUCAGGACAAUAAUCCGAUCCUCUCAAAAUGUGGCAAUGCUCUUCUUCAGAAUUCACAUGCCUGGAAAUGGAUUUUCUUUAACAAUAAAGAAACUAAUCAAUCCAUUCCCUUGCAAUGUAAUUUCCCAAACUCCUGAUGGAAGAUUCACAAUGGUCAUUCCUCACCAGAAGAGAAACUGCAGCUUUUCCAUCAUUUACCCAACAGAAAUCAUGAUCUCUGAGUUGACCCUGGGACACUUCAAUGAUCUGCAGCUACCCAUUAAAAGCUGUGGUGGAGCAACUGAUUUUGUGCAACUUUUGGGAGGGAAUAGACUGGACCCGAGCCGGAUGUACCCAGUGGCUGACAUUUGCUACUCAUUCAGUGGACCAGCACAAAUUAAGAUUGGGUGUGACAACACCGUUGUGCGUGUUGUGUCCAGCGGCAAGUACAUAAAUCGUCUUACGUUUGAGUACCGUCAGCUGGGGCAGCAUGAGUUGGACAAACAGAAUGAAAACGGAGUUGAGGAUUUCUGCUACGCUGCAGACUGAGUAGAUUUCUCGGCACAGAUACCACCUAUUCUCUGAGUAAAGGAGUAAAGCUGUAGCAUUGUUGUAAUUCUGUCAAAAGUAUGAGAUCUGUAGUGGUCGUCUUUUACUACCUUGUUAAUUCAUUUACUAGAACAUUGCCAGGUAGCUGCUGCUUUAUCAUCCUGAUUAAUGAACAAACUCUACAGUGGGUUCUUGCUGCUUUGCCAGUCAAUAAGUCAGCAAAUGUUUAAAUUAGAUCAGCAGCCAGAAUGGUCAUUAGGCCAACAGAGAAAAUAAAUCAUUGCUUGCUAAGACUUUAUUUGAUUUAAUUGUGAUAGCAAAGUAUAUUUACUUCAUAUAUUUAUUGCUUAGAAAUGAUGCUGCCACACCGGACCACCAGCACUGUAUGAAACACUUUGUGAGGCAAUUCAGUAUUAUGUAAAUAAAGAUAAUUAACAGCAGUAUCUUUAUUCUGUUCCAAGUGCUGGAAUGGCCUUUUUUUUUGUUCUGACAGAAGUGGUAAAUUGAAUGUGAAUGACACAGACUGGUCCGAUUCAUCUUGCAUACUUCAAAAUGGUGCUCCAUUACAACCAGUCCAUUCAGGUCCAAGUAUAGUUGAGUUUCUACUGUAUUUUUCCUUUGAGUGGACAGGGUUAAAAUCCCUCUGAUGAAUAUUCCCUCGUCCCUUUUCAAUUGUGCGCAUUAUGGUACUAGUUAAUAAUAUGGUGCCAAACUAAUAUUUUUAAGGGCUCAAAAUUGCUUUUAAAAUUUCAAGAGUAAAGUACAUUUACAAUUGAACUAUUGACUUCAAAGACUAAAAGUGGCAUUUUAACCUCCAGCAAGGGAGGGAGUGGGUGGUGAUGGAGGGUUCAAAUAAACAGCAACAAAUCAGAGUGUAUUGGAUUUUCACCCUGCUGACUUUUGGAUGUUGUUUUAUUGAGGCUGGAAAGAGUUCAGCGGUCAAUCCACUUGCCACAGCAAGUUUGACAUUUUAAAUAUGGAGGGUUUCCAAUUCAGCCACACUUCUACCCACCAUCACACCCCUACCCUUCCCAAACACUCAUGAAUCAGAGCCCUCUGAGUUUUGAGAUCAGACCUAACUCCCACUUUCUACUGCAAUGAGUUUAAUCAGGGACAGCGUUUGUUUGAGUGAGCAACUUGUCCAUUGGGGCCCGUGGUUGGGGAUUGCAUUCUAACUCGGGUUGGAGAUCAGAAUUCCUUCAGAAUCAAAUUUCCCUGAGAUCAGUGAUUUAACCCACCCUCAGAUCAGCCACCUACAAGGUUCAGGGAUCAGAUUCAAUCCAGUAUUGAUGAUUAGACCUUUAAUGCUCUGGGCUUAGGGUGUUCUGACGCAUUGUAAGGCUAUACGCCCAGCAGGAUAAGGAAACUAAUGCCUCUAAGGAUCUGAUGCCAUAGGAUUAGGCUUGUAGCCUGCACAUUUGGGCUCCCUGCAUGAUUGGAAACCACACUUGUCAAUCAAGCUAAUCUCUGGGCAGGAAAUGUAUCAAUGAAUGAAGAAGAUGCACAUUUCAGGCUUGACCCACCUGCUUUUCCAUCACUCCCAUCAUGCCGACAAGUCAAAACUAUCCAGGAUCACUGAAUCAUUAUUGAACUGAAGGAAUUGCGUUUGCACUGGGUCUCUGAGCAUUCUAACCUAGUAUCAAUUCUCCUGAAACAUAAAGAAAGGGCAAGUUAACUGAUACAGCAUUUCCAAAAAAAGAUUUUAACAUUACAUCAUUAUUUAGCCAUAAUUAAAUCCUCUUUAAAAAUAUUUUACAGCAUGAGAAUCUGUAUAUUGAAGUUUAAUCAUCCAUAUUUAACUCAAAGACAAAAUAAAGUGCUGUGGACAA